GACUUUCCAGACACAGUUAGCUGUUCAGUUAGUCACUCUUGAAUUGAGACAUCGUUCUUAAAUAUUUUUGUGAGCCUUCAGUAUUUAAAAUGGAAGGGUGUUGUGGCGGACUAUCUGAGGCGGAAGAUGCCAUUAAAGAGGUGCAGAAAAUAUGCGAUGAGAUGAAGUCUCACGCCGAGGAUAAAGCUGGGCGCAAGUUUGACGUUUUCAUCGCCAAAUCUUAUAAAACACAAGUUGUUGCGGGGAGAAAUUACUUCGUUAAGGUGCAUGUAGGAGGGGAUGAGUACAUUCAUUUACGUGUCUAUAAAAAACUGCCCUGUUAUGGAGCAACACUGGAGCUGACCGACAUACAGACAUCCAAGGCUCAUCAUGAUCCUAUUGAAUACUUCUGAAGCAAAUCAUCAUAAAUAAUGCCCAAAAUACUCAUUUUACCAUUUGUUACUCAUUUAUUACAAGCAAUUAAAAACUGUAUUGACAAGUGGAAUCAUGGAUAAAUAAUACUACCAACGAAACUUAAUGUGAUCAUUAUGUGUUGGCAUAGAGAUCUCGGUUCAUUUUCUCUGUUCUCUGUUCAUUAACAGUUCAUUUUCUCUCCAGCACACUAAAAAACACACAGCUGACAUCUAGUUGUCAUGCCAGUAGUUUGAGAUUCACAGUUUGGGCUUUGUAUUUAAUGUUGCUAAUGCAUUAAACAGUUAUUCUAUACUUAACUGUCUAUAAUGUACAGUGUUCACAUAAAAUGCAUGGAUUGGC